GAGAUGGAGCAGGAGGCCGAGGGGCUGGGCCAGUGGCAGGCAGCUCAGCAUCAGCUCACCGAGGAUACUGAGAAGUCAAUGUGCAUCUUGGACAUGUCUCCAUCUCCCGAAAGCAGUGGAGUGCACACCUCUUGGAACCAUGGCCCAUCAGGCAUUCAACACUUCCCUCAGUGCCCACAGCUGGAGAGGAUCCCCUUGGUCUCUGCUGACACACCCAGGCAGAAUGAAAGUGAAAUGGGAUCACAGUUCAGUGUAUUGCUGCCUGAGCAUGGUGCGAACUACGGCCCCCAAGUGACUCUCACACCUUCCCAGACGAUUUACUGUCAGGGAAUAUCUCCCUCUCAACCAGGAAUGAUGGUUUUGAAGGGGCCCCAGAUGAUGCCCUUAGGAGAGCCCAAUAUUCCAGGGAUGGCCAUGACCUUCAGUGGGAAUCUAAGGAUGCCCCCCAGUGGGCCACCAGUCUCAGCUCCCAGUGGAAUCCCAAUGGUGUCCCACAUCAGGGCUCCAACAAUGCCUUAUUCUGGCCCCCCAACAAUACCAUCUAACAGAGACUCUUUAACACCUAAAAUGUUAUUGGCACCAGCCAUGCCUUCUACUGAGGCAAUGCUCCCCUCUUUGGCUCAGAUGUUGCCCCCUAGAGAUCCCCACAGUUGUGGAAUGCCCCCAGCUGGAUCCCCAUCAUUGCUGGCUUUAGAAUCCCAAGACUCUUUUGGGAGCCAGCCAGCCUUCCAGGAAGAUCCAUUCCGACCUGAGCAGCACAUACAUGCUCCACAGAGAACAGAGCAGAACUCCAGGGCCCAGGAAAGGGCUCCCAAGAGGAGCUCCCCGGUUUCAAGGCCUUACUGCUGCCAGUAUGAAGACUGUGGAAAAGCUUAUACUAAGCGCUCCCACCUCGUGAGUCACCAGCGCAAACACACAGGUGAGAGGCCCUAUAAAUGCACAUGGGCAAGCUGUACGUGGUCUUUCUUUCGUUCUGAUGAGCUUGGACGGCAUAUGAGGAUACACACCAGAUACCGACCACAUAGAUGUGAUCAGUGCGGCCGACAGUUCAUGAGAUCCGACCAUCUCAGGCAACACCAAAGGACUCAUCUGCGGGUGCCAGGAUCCCCUGGCCCACAGGCCGAUAAUGGACAGAUGGCUGGUCCUCCUGUUCCUGGUCUUUAG